AUGACCAAGUGCGUCAUCUGUCUCGAAGACGUCAACUCUUCCUUCCGCAUCGACGGCCACGAAGUCUGCCACAGCGACCUCUGCAGACUCUUCGAACGCGCAAUCAACGACCAGAGCGACUACCCGCCAAAACUGGGCAGCAGAAUCCUUCAACCGGACCACUACCGCCGCCAUCUACCGCAAGCUCUGAUCGAUGCUUUCCAUGCGAAGGAGCGGGAGUACAUGAUCCCAGUCGACGAUUGCAUCUACUGCUCAGACUGCUCUCAAUCCGUUACGGAAAGGCUGGAUGAGGUGGACCAGGUGCACCGUCGCGGGUGCUUGCAGAUGUUCUGCUGCGCUUGUGGGGAUAAGUGGUACGGUUGGGUGCGUGAAGGACUGAGGCAUGUCUGCAGCAGCGGACAUCAGGCUGGCAGCAAUGAUGAUGGAGUUGCUUUCGCCGGCUUGACGAGGGGAAAGGACUACCAGAUCUGCCCGAGCAAGAUAUGCAAGCGCAAGAUCCAGCUCAGCGAAGGCUGCAACCGCAUCAUCUGCACCUGCGGGCAAGAAUUCUGCUUCAUCUGCGGCCAGCCAGCCGCCGGACACUCUGAUCACUGGAGCCGCCUUCCGGCAGGAUGUCCGCGCUGGAAUCAUCCACGCGCGGCGAACGCUCUCUACGACUACGACGACUUUCACCCGCGUGCGGCGCUCGCGCCGCCGCCGAAGGAGCCGCAGUACAGGGAGAGGAGAAAUGCUGUUGCGGGGGUACAUCCGGGUGAGAUACCGCCCCGAGCCACCUUUCGAGGCCUGCCCUACUGUCAUGGCACACGAGACUACAGUCACUACACAGCCAAUCGAGCAGUGAUCGACCCACGGGAUUACACAGCCAAUCGAGCAGCGAACGACCCGCGAGUGUGGCAAAGGUUGGGGCAGCAGCAGCAGCAAGCAGCAGUGAACAGAGCGAGGGAAGCGUUCGCACUCCCGCCGCCAGGUGCACCGAUUAGAUGUCCUCCUCCUCCUCCUCCCCCACCACGCGUGCUUCGACGGUCGGUGGAAAAUUUGCCAGGACGAGGCACGGAUGUACUCGCUCGUCCGCAGUCAUUCACCGCUGAUCAAGGAGCUCCGCCGCGUGCUCGUCUUACAAGUGACCAUCGCGCGUCUCAAGAGCCAAGAGGACCGAGAGGCGAAGGCACAUUCUCAUCCUCAAGGAUGAUGGCAGGAUACGAGGCUACACAGAAUCGCAACCCACGCACACUUAGUCCACCGCGGUCUGCGAGAGAACGCGCCGCCGAACGGCCUCACAACCCUACGGCCGCUGAAAGAUACGCCACACCGCAUCCGCGAGUACUGGAUGCGAUGGAGGUGGAUGGUGAGGGAUUAGUCAUGUAG